AUGGCUGUCCUAGACACUGCCGUGAGCACAGGCGCCAAACAUGAUUCUGACCUUCGUCGGAGAAAUGUCCCUGACACCAGCAAACAUUUGACGGACUCAACUCGCCUGAACGAGCAAGAUGGAAAGAAAGCUAGAUUGCAGUCCCCCUCAUUUCUCCAUGUGCUCGCUAGGUGGGAACCGAUAAUUGCUCCCAUCAUCUUGACUGCCCUCGCCCUCUUCACCCGCCUCUAUCAGAUCGGCCGCUCCAACAUUGUGACCUGGGAUGAGGCCCACUUCGGUAAAUUUGGCUCCCACUAUCUCAAACGCGAGUUCUACUUCGAUGUCCACCCACCCUUGGGGAAGAUGCUAGUUGGCCUGUCCGGCUAUCUUGCUGGAUAUAAUGGGUCUUUCGAAUUCAAGUCCGGCGAGAAGUACCCUGAAGAUGUGAAUUAUACCUUUAUGCGAGCCUUCAAUGCUGCCUUUGGAAUAGUUUGCAUUCCUCUCGCUUAUUAUACUGCGCGAGAGCUGAACUUCCGCCGAGCCACAGUCUGGCUGAUCAGCCUCAUGGUACUUUGCGAGAACUCCUAUGCUACAAUCUCUCGCUUUAUACUUCUUGAUUCGAUGCUGCUGUGCUUCACAUUUACUACUACGAUGUGCUGGGCCAGGUUCCAUCGGUUGCAGCAUGCCAGUUUCUCAUUGGAAUGGUACAUCUGGCUUUGUUUGACUGGCUUGAGCAUUGGAUGUGUCUGCAGUGUUAAGUGGGUCGGUUUCUUCUGUACCGCUCUUGUCGGUCUCUACACUAUCAAUGACCUGUGGAACAAAUUCGGUGACCUGAAGAUGCCACAGACUGUGCUUGCAAAGCACUUGGUUGCCCGAGUUGUGGGAUUGAUUGUGAUCCCAGUCUUGGUGUACAUGUUUUCUUUCUAUCUGCAUUUCCUGGUGUUGGCUAACAGUGGACCCGGGGAUGCCCAGAUGAGCUCCCUUUUCCAAGCAAACCUACGAGGUACUGAGGUCGGCAGAGACAGCCCUCUUGAGGUUGCAAUUGGAUCGCGUGUCACCCUUAAAAACAUGGGAUACGGUGGAGGGCUUCUCCACUCUCAUGUCCAGACUUUCCCUGAGGGAUCUAUGCAGCAGCAGGUCACUUGCUACCAUCACAAGGAUGCCAACAAUGACUGGUUCAUCUACCCCAACCGCCAAGAAGCCGAUUACGAUGUCAAUGCUGAUUUACGAUUCAUUGGUGAUGGCCAUGUCAUUCGGUUAAUUCACGGACAGACUGGCCGUAACCUGCAUUCCCACGCUAUCCCAGCGCCCAUAACUAAAUCACACCAUGAGGUCUCGGCGUACGGAAACAUCACCAUUGGAGACGACAAAGACCACUGGAAAGUGGAGGUGGUCAAUGAUGUUGCAUCCCGCGACCGGUCUAGGAUUCGGACACUCACUACGGCCUUCAGGCUCCGCCAUCCGGUCCUGGGCUGUUAUCUUCGGGCAGGAAACGUCAAUCUCCCUCAAUGGGGAUUCAAACAAAUUGAAACAACCUGCACCAAAGAAAACAAACCUGGUGACGUCUACACCCACUGGAAUGUUGAGUCGCAUACUAAUGAUCGCUUGCCCCCUGGUGAUCCUGGCUCUUAUAAAUCACCCUUCUUGAAGGAUUUCAUCCACCUGAAUGUGGCCAUGAUGACGUCCAACAAUGCCCUUGUUCCAGAUCCCGAUAAGCAGGAUGACUUGGCUUCGAAGUUUUGGCAAUGGCCGAUCCUGAAUGUCGGCUUGCGCAUGUGUUCUUGGGAUGACAGUGUCGUCAAGUACUACCUUCUCGGGAACCCCCUGGUCUAUUGGGGAAGCACUGCCAGUCUAGGUGGAUUUGGUCUUCUGUUCCUUUGGUACCUUUUACGCUGGCAAAGAGGGUACAAGGAUCUCAGCAGCGAGGAAAUUAGUCACAUUCACUACUCCGGGUUGUAUCCGGUCAUUGGAUGGGUCUUGCAUUACCUUCCCUUCAUCAUCAUGGCCCGAGUGACUUACGUCCACCACUACUACCCGGCUCUCUACUACGCCAUCUUGAACUUCGGCUUCUGCAUCGAUUGGGUAACGCGGAGGAUGAACCCCAGAGUUUCUGCGGCAGUGUAUGCCCUGCUCUACGUGACCAUCAUCGGGUUAUUCAUCCAUUUCCGAGCGAUCGUGUUCGGGAUGGAGGGCUCCAACCAGCAAUGGAAUCAUCUGCGCUGGCUCCCCGGAUGGAAAAUUGCGAAUGAGAACUGA